CAUCAUGAGGAAACACUUUUACAGCCAUCUCCUUGAUGACGAUUCGGUAAAUCACUUUGAUAAUGUUAUGGGUGUGAACCAUAACUUGUUCUUUAUAAAUCACGACAUCAAGGAAGAGUCUGUGGAGGAUAUUUUGAGUAAGUCAAACGUUCACGAAGCUGAAUAUUGUUUAGCUCUUGCAAAUUACUUCUUCCAGCAGGGUUACGAGGCAUCAUGUAUCACCAUCCUGACUACCUAUACAGGACAGGUGUUAAACUUGAAAGGAAAACUCAGAGAUAAGAGGUAUGCCUGUCUUGAUGGUAUUUAUGUUACUGCAGUCGAUAAUUACCAGGGGGAAGAAAAUGAUAUCAUACUAUUGUCUUUAGUAAGGAGUAACGAAGCUGGGAAUAUCGGUUUUUUAAAGGUCUCAAAUAGAAUGUGCGUAGCAUUGUCGAGAGCCAGAAAGGGUUUGUUCUGUAUUGGUAACUUCACACUUUUAGCGGAAAAGAAUGACCUCUGGAUGAAGAUAGUAAACGAUAUGCGAUCUUCAGGUCGCAUAAAAAAUCAUCUUUUGUUGCACUGCCACAACCAUCCAGCGACGAAGGUUAAAGCGUUUAUUGCAAAAGACUUCGAAAAAUGUCCAUUAGGAGGGUGUAACCGUAUGUGCGAAACUCGCCUCGAGUGUGGUCAUGUAUGUCCUCGUUAUUGUCAUCCAAAAGACCCGCACCAUGAAAAAUACGAAUGUAGAGAACCGUGUGUCAGAACCUGUGAUCGCAAGCAUCCUUGCAAUUCUUUGUGCUUUGAAAAGUGCCCGCCGUGUAGAGUCAUUAUUUGUAAAAUUCUGCUUGAUUGUUCCCAUGAAGCUAGUGUACAGUGUGCCAAAUACAACCAGUCAAUUGAUUGCAUGGAACCAUGUGAAAGGACAUUAAAGUGUGGUCACAAAUGCAGACUUAAGUGUUUUCAGAGUUGCACCUUGCAGAGAUGCUUAGAAAUUGUUAAUAAAUCAUUUGAUCCUUGUGGCCACGAUAUUCAAGUAAAAUGCUACAUAAACUCAUGCCAACUACCCUGUGAAAAAUUGUUAACUUGUGGUCAUGACUGUCAAACAAAAUGUGGAGAUAUGUGCACCGAAAAAUGUAGAAAAUAUAUAGAUAAGACAUUUCAGUGUGGACACACUGUAAAUGUUCCUUGCUUUACACCUUCCUGUAUUUUGCCAUGCUCACGUGAAAGUUUGUGUGGUCACCCCUGUCUUAAACUAUGUGGUGAGUCGUGCGGCGACUGUUUUGUUAAAAUCAGAAAAGAGCUUCUAUGUGGGCAUCUAAAGAUGUUGUUUUGCUAUAAAAAUGUUAAAAGUGCUACUUGUAAAGAAAUAUGCACUAGGGCAUUACCAUGUGGACACCCAUGUAUGUUAAGGUGUAACGAAAAGUGCGAUGCGACGUUGUGUACAAGACUAGUUAAAAAAAAGCUAAAAUGUGAACAUGAGAAAGAAUUACCUUGUAAUAUAAAUAUUGAAACAUUAUACAAAAAUAAAGAUAGACGAUUUCGUUAUGCGUUUUCAAGACUUCCAAAUCAAAUUGAAUUAUUAAACUGUAACGUGGAAGUGAUAAAAGCUCUAAAAUGUGGACAUGAAAUUACAAUCGAGUGUUGUAAAUCAUCUCAUAUCGAUAAAAUUAAAUGCAAUGUAAAGGUUAUUGAAACAUUAGAUUGCGGACAUGACGUCACUCGUGAGUGUUCAAAAAUCGGUUUAUGUUCCGAAAUGUGUUCAAGGCUGUUAUCAUGUGGACAUAAAUGUCUUAAACUAUGUGGUGAGUCGUGCGGCGACUGUUUUGUUAAAGUCAGAAAAGAGCUUCUAUGUGGACAUCUAAAGAUGUUGUUUUGCUAUAAAACUGUUGAAAGUGCUACUUGUAAAGAAAUGUGCACUAGGACAUUACCAUGUGGACACCCAUGUAUGUUAAGGUGUUACGAAACGUGCGAUGCGAAGUUGUGUACUAGACUAGUUAAAAAAAAGCUAAAAUGUGAACAUGAGAAAGAGUUACCCUGUAAUAUAAAUCUUGAAACAUUAUACAAAAAUAGGCCUAGAGAUAGACGAUUUCGUUAUGAGUUUUCAAGACUUCCAAAUCAAAUUGAAUUAUUAAACUGUAACGUGGAAGUUAUACAAGCUCUAAAAUGUGGACAUGAAAUCACAAUCGAGUGUUGUAAAUCAUCUCAUCUCGAUAAAAUUAAAUGCAAGGUAAAGGUUACUGAAACAUUAGAUUGCGGACAUGACGUCACUCGUGAGUGUUCAAAAGUCGGUUUAUGUUCCGAAAUGUGCUCAAGGCUGUUAACAUGUGGACAUAAAUGUAAAGACGCUUGCGCUAAUCCGUGUACAAAAAAAUGUACUGAGAUCGUGAAGAAGAAACUAAAAUGCGGGCAUAAUAAAAAUGUGAGAUGUUAUGUAGAUGUUACAGAGAAUGUCAUUUAUGGUGAAGCAGCUUGUUAUUUUAAGACAAAGAUCCAACUACCUUGUGGACAUGAAGAAACACAACUUUGUUGUCAUAGUUAUCUACCUGUAAUAUGCAGUAAUCGAUGUUCCAAAAAGCUGUUGUGUGGUCAUUUUUGUAUGAAGAAAUGUUCGCAGGAAUGUUCAAUCGAUAGUUGUAAGCAGGUGUGCAAUGCUACCUUAGCCUGUGGGCAUAAAUGUAAAGGAAACUGUACAAGCUGUUCGCACGGACGGAUACAUACUACAUGCUCACAAAUUUGCAUCAAUAAGCUUAUCUGCGGUCACAUUGGCCAACAGAUAUGCUCCAUUACUCCCUAUCAGCCAUGUAAAAAACGGUGCAGUUCCCGUUGCCCACACAGAAAAUGUCUUAGAGUCUGUGCUGAAAUUUGUGCACCAUGUAAAUCACCAUGUGAGUGGAAAUGCCCACAUUUAAAAUGUACAAAUGCAUGUGGUGAGAUGUGUAAUCGUGACAGAUGCAAUAAACCUUGUCGCAAGACCCUGAGAUGUAAACAUAAAUGUUUAGGUCUUUGUGGUGAGCCUUGUCUCCGUAGUUGUUUAAAAUGUGAUCCAGUUAGAUAUCUUCCUGCUACUGCAAAGGGAAAUAGACCAAAAUAUGUCUACUUGUAUGAUUGCUCCCACGCAGUUGAAGUUUUAAAAAUGGAUGCAUAUAUGGACAAAGAUGAAGGUUCGCGACAAAAAGAAUGCCCCAUAUGUCACACCACAAUAAUAUAUAAUACAAGAUAUGGUAAUGUUCUCAAAAGAAUUGAUGUAAAAAUAACAUCAUUGAAGCACAUGGCAUGUGCUCAGCGAUCAAUGCAACAAGUAUAAGAAAAACGAAGAAAGAUUUUUGACAAGUUGUCAGUUCUAAAAACAAUCGAUACAAAACAACUAUCAGAUGAAGUAAACUCAUGCUAUGGAGUACCAUAUGAUAGAUUGCUUGUAAUUAUUAUUAUGAUCAAAAUACUCGAAAAAAUUGAAUUGAUUAGUAUCAACUUGCAUCAACGAACUGAAAAUAGUGGUAGUCAACCUACCGAUCGUCACAUAUCUCAACAAUUAGAUAAUGUUGAAAAGAGAGUUUUGAAUUUCACUAAUAGUGUUUCUAGACAAGUAUUGGUCGAUUUGUCUUCGGAACUGCAACGUUUAAAUAUAUGCAAUCAUUUGAGAAAUCGUGAACAUCAAGUUAAGUCUAAUUCUAAAGAUUCUACAAAGAUCAACAAUAUGUUAUUGUUGAUGCUUUAUACGAAGGUACCGGUAACACAUGAAACUAACCUGGACGCUUUAAGUUUAAUUGGACCAGCGAGCGUAGAAAACCUUUCAAAAUAUGAAUCACU